AGCGAAAAUUGGCGUAGAAAACAGCAAAAAUCCUCUUCUUCAACCCAAUAUAAUAAUUCUACUCGGCAAUUCUUCGCUCUCACCAUUCAUGAUUAGCGCGACAUCGGUGCUGUUUCCUUUACCCCUCCUCCCGUCCUGCUCCUGCCUCCUCGCGGACAAGCGAGCGAGCCGACACGCGCGCACCAAUUCCAUCGCAUGACGCGAUUUCACGGUGUCGGUGAUCUCCGCGAUUUCUCUCCUCCGAGAAAAUAAGAGGGAAGGGAAUCGAUCGGCUCGAAUCCAGUCGCGACGAUAACGGAAAAAAAAAGCUCCGAUCUUUAUCCCUCUUCCCCUCCUCCUCGAAUCCGAUCCGAUCCGCACCGCACCGCACCGACCGGGAGGGGAGGGGAGGGGAAUGGCGGCAUCGAGGCGCCUCCGCGACCUGCAGUCGCAGCCGGCGAACAAGACGUGCGUCGACUGCGCGCAGAAGAACCCGCAGUGGGCGUCGGUGUCGUACGGCGUCUUCAUGUGCCUCGAGUGCUCCGGGAAGCACCGCGGCCUCGGCGUCCACAUCUCCUUCGUCCGAUCCGUCACCAUGGACUCCUGGUCCGAGAUCCAGAUCAAGAAGAUGGAGGUCGGCGGCAACGAGCGGCUCAACGCCUUCCUCGCCCAGUACGGCAUCCCCAAGGAGACCGACAUCGUCGCCAAGUACAACACCAAGGCCGCCGGCGUGUACCGCGACCGGAUUCAGGCGCUCGCCGAGGGCCGCCCCUGGCGGGAUCCCCCCGUCGUGAAGGAGAGCGUCGGCGGCGGCGGCGGCGGCGGCAGGAGCAGGCCUCCCUUGGCUCAGAAGACGGGCGGGGGCGGCGGCGGCGGCGGGGACGGUGGUUGGGAUAGCUGGGACAAUGACGACGGCUUUAGAUCUUCGAGCGAUAUUAGGCGGAAUCAAUCGGCCAGCGAUUUUAGAGGCGGUGCUGGCGGCGGAGGGAGAAGCGGCGCUCCGGUGAGAUCUAAGUCUACACAGGACAUCUACACUCGGUCGCAGUUGGAGGCAUCCGCGGCUAAUAAGGAGACCUUCUUUGCUCAGAAGAUUGCAGAGAACGAUUCGCGGCCCGAGGGUCUCCCACCCUCGCAAGGCGGAAAAUAUGUUGGGUUCGGAUCGAGCCCUGCGCCUCCCAGGAUGAGUAACAACAAUAAUCCCCAAGGGGACGUGCUCUCUGCUGUAUCCCAGGGAUUGGGUAGGUUGUCUUUUGUCGCUGCAUCAGCAGCUCAGUCAGCUGCAAGUGUGGUCCAAGCAGGAACGAAGGAGAUCACUGCUAAGGUGAAGGAAGGAGGCUAUGAUCACAAGGUGAAUGAAACCGUCAAUGUUGUGACUAAUAAAACAACAGAGAUUGGACAGAGGACAUGGGGCAUUAUGAAAGGAGUAAUGGCGAUAGCUUCCCAAAAGGUUGAGGAGUAUACUAAAGAUGGCGUGAGCUGGAACAAUGAAAAUUGGCAACGGAACGACAAUGAGAGAAAUGGAUAUUAUCAGGAGUUUAAGCAAGAGAAUAAAGGAUGGAAUGCUUCGUCUGGAGGGCAGUCUUCUUCAAGUGGAAAUGUCCAAACCUUUAGUUCGACCUCUUGGGAUGAUUGGGACCACAAAGAUAAUAAGAAGGAAGAAACAACAAAGGGAGGCACAUCUGGUAACAAUGAUGGUUGGGCUGGAUGGGAUGAUGCAAAGGAGGAUGGAUAUGAUAACUGGUAUCAGAGUGCCCCAAAUAAGGGAACUGCUGGUCACAAUGGGAAAUCAGAUGCCACAUGGACAGAAGGAGGCUUCCUUUAAGAUUGUAGCUACUCAUCCAAUGGCGAGUAAGAUGGAGAUUUAUUCAAUAGAAGGUAUCAAACAGCUGCCGAUAAUGGUUUCUAAACUUUGUUUUAGGUUUUGCGUCAAUGUUUUCUUGUGAGAUUUGUUGGACAGCUUUGGCAUGUUCCAAAGUAGUUUAUGUAUGUAAUAACUGCCAUCAAAAUAUUGAGAGAAGACUGAUUUUUGUGAGUACAACAUCAUUAUUUGUAACUGGAAUUUUUGUUAAAGCAAUUCAAUGGUCAUGUUGACUUCAGUCGGAUAUAUUAUAUAUUGCCUUUUGUGA